AUGGCAAGCCUCUCUAUGCGUGAGUCGUCUGUCUUCAAGGACUCCCCCAUGAGCGGAUAUAGGUUCCUUCGAUCCAAAAUUGUCUCCUGUCAGAAGGUCGAGACUCUGAAGAGUUUGGCAGAGCUCAUCUCGCGAGAGAUCCUGGCUCCAGAAGGAUUCGACUCCUACGACAUUAACCGAGCGAAGCAGCCCCCUGAUGCCGAUGGACGUUCAGAAGAGAACUCUCUGCUUGUUCCUGUCCUGUCAGUGGUGUACAGGUUGCUGAAGGAUGUGCAGGAAAGGCUGAUAUACAGGACACAGACCUACAUAAGAGAUGAUAUCCGUGGCUUUGUCCCAUCUAAAGAGGACCUUGAGUAUCCUCUGCGGCUUUUCGAACAUGAUGCACUAACGGUCCAUCCCGAGAUUGAUGCUUAUGGCCGAUUAAUGAGAGUACCCAACACUGGGAAAGACGUUAUGGAUAUUGGCUGA